AUGCUUAGCUUGUACGCUAAUGCCACCGAAGUUUCACACGAUGGAAGAGCCAUCACCAUUGAUGGUAAACGAAGACUUUUGCUAUCCGGUUCAAUUCACUAUCCUCGAAGCACAUCAGGGAUGUGGCCAGACUUGAUUAGGAAGUCAAAGGAGGGUGGACUAGAUGCCAUUGAGACUUAUGUCUUUUGGAAUGUGCAUGAACCAGUUCGUCGCCAGUAUGAUUUUACUGGUAAUCUCGACCUUGUCAGGUUUCUCAAAACUGUUCAAGACGAAGGACUUUAUGCUAUUCUUCGUAUCGGUCCAUACGUUUGUGCUGAAUGGAACUAUGGAGGACUUCCUGUUUGGCUGCAUAAUCUGCCUGGAUGUGAGAUUCGAACUGCUAAUGAUGUUUACAUGAGUGAGAUGAAGAAUUUUACGACCUUGAUUGUUAAUAUGAUGAAAAAGGAGAAACUUUUUGCAUCCCAAGGUGGCCCAAUUAUUAUUGCUCAGAUUGAGAAUGAAUAUGGCAAUGUGCAAUCAUACUAUGGAGAUGCUGGCAAAGCAUAUAUGAACUGGUGCUCAAAUUUUGCCCAGUCUCUUGACAUUGGAGUUCCAUGGAUUAUGUGCCAACAAAGUGAUGCUCCCCAACCAAUGAUAAACACAUGCAAUGGCUGGUACUGUGAUAAUUUCAAACCAAAUAAUGACAAUAGCCCUAAAAUGUGGACUGAGAAUUGGACUGGCUGGUUCAAGAGAUGGGGUGGUAAAGACCCACUUAGGACCGCUGAGGAUCUUGCCUUCUCUGUUGCAAGAUUUUUCCAGACCGGAGGAACUUUCCAGAAUUAUUACAUGUAUCAUGGUGGAACAAACUUUGGUCGAACAUCAGCUGCAUAUAUUACCACAACUUAUGAUUAUGAUGCUCCUCUUGAUGAAUAUGGUAACUUGAACCAACCUAAAUGGGGGCAUUUGAAGCAACUUCAUGAGAUUCUGAAAUCCAUGGAGUAUACUCUCACCCAUGGCAAUAUUACCACCAUCGAUUUUGGAAACUCUGUUUCAGCCACUAUGUAUGCAACAAAUGAUUCAGCAAGCUGCUUUUUUGGCAAUGCAAAUUCCAGCACUGAUCAUACAAUCACUUUCCAAGGAAACGUGAACACACAAACAUCAGUUAAGGUGAAAAUGGUGAACAAGGCUGAGGAUGAACCUGAAUCUCUUGGCUGGCUGUGGAGGCCUGAAAACAUUGAUGACACAAGACUUCAAGGAAAGGGAGAAUUUACUGCAAAUAAACUCAUGGAUCAGAAGGAUGUUGCAGCUGAUGCUAGUGAUUAUCUUUGGUACAUGACAAGUGUUCAUCUCAACAAAGACGAUCCAAUCUGGAGUGGGAACAUGACUCUAAAGAUCAAUGCCACUGGUUUUAUCCUUCAUGCAUAUGUUAAUGGAGAAUAUCUUGGUUCUGAAUGGGCUAAAUACAAUGACUACAAUUAUGUUUUUGAGAAAAAUGUCAAGUUAAACCCCGGAAAGAACGUUAUUUCCUUGCUGAGUGCCACCGUUGGAUUUCCGAACUAUGGAGGUGGAUUUGAUGUGAUAAAUACUGGAGUUCCUGGUCCUGUUGUUUUGGUGGGACAAAAUGGUGAUGAAAUGGUGAUCAAGGAUUUAUCAGCACACAAAUGGUCAUACGAGGUUGGGCUACAUGGCUUGAAGAACCAGCUCUUUAGCACCGAUUCUCCAAUAUAAUAAUAUUUGGUUAUGUUUGCUUUGUUUCAGACGACUUUCAAAGCUCCUCUGGGAACUGAUCCAGUUGUUGUGGACCUGCAAGGGUUAGGCAAGGGCCAUGCUUGGGUCAAUGGCAAUAGCCUUGGGAGAUAUUGGCCAAGCUAUUUGGCUGAGGAAGAUGACGGUGAGAACACUCUGGUUUUGUUUGAGGAAUUUGGUGGCAACCCAUCUCUUGUGAAUUUCCAAACCGUCACAACUGGAACAGUGUGUGCAAAUGCCCAUGAGAAGCACACAUUGGAAUUGGCAUGCCAAGGUCGUCCGAUUUCAGCAAUCAAGUUUGCUAGCUUUGGCAAUCCACAAGGCAGAUGCGGAUCAUUUGAGAAGGGAAGCUGUGAUGCCAAGGAUGUAUUGUCUAUCAUUCAAAACGAAUGUGUGGGCAAGGAGAAGUGCUCGAUCGAUGUUUCAGAGAGCAAACUUGGAUCAGCAAAUUGUGGUGCUUCUGUAAAGAGGCUGGCUGUGGAAGCUGUUUGCUAGGGUUAUAGGGUUUUUUUAGAUUAGAUAAGUAUUGUAUUAUUAUGAGGUCAAUUUGGUAAGUAACCAAAGCUUUGAUUAGGGGUAGACUAGGUUGG